AAAACAUAAAAAAAUAAAAACAAAAACAAAAGUCCUUCAUCGGCUCUACCUCUCGCUCUCGUAGAUAAAUUCCAGCGAAUUCAUUCCAGAAGAUUUUUGCGAAUAGAAAAUCAAAAACAAUUUGGCGGGAAAAUGUCAGGAAAAGGAGCGAAAGGUUUGAUUAUGGGGAAGACACCUGCUUCUGGUGGAUCCAGUAACAAAGACAAAGAUAAGAAGAAGGCUGUCACGCGCUCGUCACGCGCCGGUCUUCAGUUUCCUGUGGGUCGAGUUCACCGGUUUUUGAAGACCAGAACUUCAGCUAAUGGAAGGGUUGGAGCCACAGCAGCUGUUUAUACUGCAGCUAUUCUUGAGUAUCUGACUGCAGAGGUGCUUGAAUUAGCAGGCAAUGCAAGCAAGGAUCUGAAGGUGAAGCGUAUUACACCAAGGCAUUUGCAGCUUGCGAUAAGAGGGGAUGAAGAACUCGACACACUCAUAAAAGGAACCAUUGCUGGUGGAGGUGUUAUCCCUCACAUUCACAAGUCACUCAUCAACAAGUCUUCUAAAGAGUAAAAUGGCCCAUAGACUUGUCUUUUUUCUGUGUUUUGUUACUGUCAGCACUCUUAAAUUUAAGAUGUAUGACAUGACAUUUACAAGGGUUUACUAUUUUGGUAUGUGCCUUUAGACCGCACAAUGUGAUAUAUAAUCAUCCGAUACUUGGAAUUAUCUGCGGUUAGUCUCUUCUAAAGGUGCAGAAGAGCCAUGUUAAUUGGAUAUUGGUUCAGUCCCAAUGUAUUCAACUAAAGCCUGACCUUGAGCAAUGAAAUAUACUACUUGUGAAUUUGGCCUUUUGUA